GGGAGCGGUGAGAGAGAAAGAGAGAGAGAGAGAGUGAGAGAGAGAGAGAGAGAGCCAGCCAGCCAGCCAGUCAGUCCGUGCGGGUUGGUGUGCUCGGUGCCUCUCCGCCUCCUAACCGUUCAAGGUACUUACACAAGUGACUAUAAACGCGAGACUCCUCCUCUGAACUCUUUACAUAAACGCGGGAAACCUUCACUGAACUCUUUGAAGUGACGCAGAGGAAUCCAGUCCUGCUUAGAGCGACGGGAGAAAGAGAGAGAGAUAAAAGAAAGAGUUAAUACAAGGGAGUGAGACAGUGUGUGUUAGUGUGUUCGUGCGUGUGGAGUUACGGUGACUGACUGCUACAGAGGCGACGGUUACUACUGCCGGCACUCGUUCGAACCCCACUCAAGAGCACUGACUCCGUAGGGACACCGUCGGAGGGCAGAAGGACGAGCCAUGUAGCCUUCAAAGGGCGUGGCUUCGGCGGGGAGGAGGAGGAUCGCUGAGGUGGAGGACGAGGAAGGAGAAGGAGGUGGUGAAGGGACUGUUGGAGGAGGAGGAAGUGAAGGAGGAACGUGAUAGAAGGGAGAGGAGAGAAAGAAGAAGAGAUAGAAAGAGGAGAAAAGAGAAGAAUAGGAAGAGAAGAAAGGAUAGAUAAUAGAAAUAGAAGAAAAUAGAUACAUUAGUGAAGAAAAGAAGAAAAAGAGAUUGUUAUCGAUAGAAGAGGAAGACGAAGAAGAGAAAGGAAGAAAACGCUAAUAAAAAAGAAGAAAAAGAACACAAAUUUGAAGAAGAAAAGAAGUAAGAGAAGACGAAAAAAUUAGUUAAAGAAGAAGAAGAAAGAAAGAAAGAAAGAAAGAGUAACUUCAAGAGAAAGAGAAAAGAGAACGGAAAAAUUAAGAUAACGAAGACGAAGAAGACAAAAUAAAAGGAAGAAAAAGAAGAAAAAGAAGAAAAAAAAAAUAAAUAAAAGACAGGAAGAAAAAUACUCAACUAACGAAGACGAGAUAAAAAAAGAAGAAAAACAGAGAGAGAGAGAGAGAGAGAGAGAGAGAGAGAGAGAGAGAGAGAGAGAGAGAGAGAGAGAGAGAGAGUGCCUUUUGAAAAACCCGUCGACUCAACACACUUAGCCACUUGAGAGAGAGAGAGAGAGAGAGAGAGAGAGAGAGAGAGAGAGAGAGAGAGAGAGAGAGCAAACAAGAAGAAGAGAAGAAAAAGAAGAAGAAGAAAAAAAAGAAGAAGAAGAAGAAGAAGAAGAAGAAGAAGAAGAAGAAGAAGAAGAAAAUCUCACCCUUCUCCCUUUUCUCAUAUUCUCCCUUAACAUACUCCCCUUCCAUAUCCUCCCUUCACCCUUCCCUUCCUUUCCCUCAAACGUCCUCUCCCUCUCCUUUCUCUCCCUUCCUCCUUCUCUUCCUCUCCCUUCUCCCUUAUCUUUAACUUCAUUCUCUCCCUCAUUCUUCCUCUCCCUCUUCCUUCAUAUCCUCCCUCAUUCUCUCCCUAACUUUCUCCCUUCCUCUUCCCAUCAUCUCCCUCAUCCUCCCUUCCUCUUCACCCUGCUUUCCUCCUUCCCAUUCUCUCCCUCAUCUUCCUCCUCUCCCUUCUCCCUUCCCGUUCUCACCCUUAUAAGUCAGGGAGCAAAAUGGCGUGAAGAACAGACCAGGGAGUAAGCACAGGGAGACGCCGGUGGAAGAGGAGGAGGAGUAGGAAGACGCCCGGACGAGGAGGAGGAGGAGGAGGCGGAGGAGGAGGAAGACGCCCUGAGGAGGAGGAGGAGGAGUCGGGGCGCAGAACGAUGGUUGGGUGCUCGCCAUGGGAUGUGGACGAAGCAGUCUCGGGAGCGACAGUCCGAAGAAGAACAAGAAGAACGCUGAGGGCGACUCGGAGUGUGACAGCGACGGGGACUCCACCAGCAGCGGCGGCGGCGGCAGCGGGUCUCGCAAGCAGCAGCUGAGCAACAAGCUGGUGGCCCUGGGCGCGGGGGGACCGUUGCUAGCCCAGGCGAAAAUAUCGGAGAGCCAACAAGACUUCUUCCUGAUGCUGGACGAGAAGAUUGAAAACGGUCCGGACUAUGACUCAGAGACGGAGGAGGUCGACCGCCGACGCCGCUUCCGUCAGAGCACGCAGCAGUGGGGCAGCACCAUUACGAGCCAGCCUGCCACGCCCGCCAACGACACGCCCGUCAGACUCCCUGAAGAAGACACUGGAGGCUCAGGCGACAUCACAGAGGACGACGAGGAGGAGGAAGAGGAGGAGGAGCCCGGCCGCAUCCCAGAUGAGGCGGUUAAGGAGCAGUACAUGUUUAUGGGCAACCUCUACACUCUGACACAUAUCCGCACUGACUCCGACAAAACCGAGCCUAAAGUGGACAUGGUGGAGGUGAAGGAAGGGGUCGAAGGCAUGGGUUUAGUGGAGGAAAUGGGCCACAAGCUGAAUGGGUCGGCCGUGCAGGAGGAGAACGGGGUGAUUGAGGAGGAGGAGGAGGCAGCGGAUGGGAAGUUACAGGCGAAAUCGUCACCCAGAUCGCCACGGCCGGCUUCACUCAUCCUCCGCUCAGUGUUACCAGCGGACACGGUACAGGAAUGACCCUACCCGAUUAGGUAACAGGAGGAGCGCCCCCAACGGACAUCCUAUACGCUCAUUGAAAGGUCAUUUGUGAGGUCGUUUGAGGUUACUUGAGGUUGACUAUAACACGGAAUGAGGUCAAGGGUGAGAGAUAUGAGCGCCCCCAAUAGACAUCCUAUACACUCGUUGAAAGGUCGUUUGAGGUUACUUGAGGCUGACUGUAGCACGGAAUGAGGUCAAGGGUGAGAGAUAUGAUACAGUGCAAGAACAGGAGCAGUCAUUUCCAAGGACUGUCACCACUUAACCAGAACACUCUAGCAAUACAACUCUUAUUCUCAGUGUGUCAACAGUAAUUCAUGUGCCAAGGGAGGGAGAGGAGAUAUCAACAUGUAUAUCUAAAGCUCUGCCAGGGUACUUAGAGCUAAAGGGGCUGCCACACACACACACUUCAGGAGGCCAAAUCCACGUAAAAAGCUGCAAUGUUUCCAGCGACCCAAGUGCCAAAAGGGAGAGAGAAGAGAUGUAGAUGUGUAGGCUGGAGGCGUGGGUGUCAAACUGAACGCUGACACUCUGAAGAAGACAAAAGCACCUAACCUGCAGAAGGAAAGAAACAACCCUCUAGAAUCACCGCUGUGGCCGACCUAUAGAUUCCAUUGGCAAGAGGUUAUAUGAAGCAUCCAUGUCUUACAAGAGGUGUGACUUUAGGAUUUACAAUUACUCAGUAGGACCCAAAACAAGGAGAGGGUAUGCGAUUGUUAAGAGUGGAAGAGACCCAUGGCCCAUCAAACCAUAUUAGGGAAAACAAGGACAUUAGAUUAAAAGAAGAAGAAGAAAAAGAAGAUGAAGAAGAAAAGAAGAAGGCCGAAAAGCUUUAUAUAACAAUUCUCAUGGCAUUUCGUGGUGGAGAGGUGGAGAGAGGUGGAGCGUGGAACAUCACCAACCGCACUUCAUCACAUCUCCAGGGACAGCACAGCAUCAUUGCCACAUCACUGAAGACAUCAACGCCAAGACUUCGACAAUUCGCCCUGUGUCUAGCGUGUAAGCAUCGCGACCUGCAUGCCUCUGUUUCAUUGUAAGGUUGUAGGGGGUAUUUUUAGUUAUAUAAUGGGAGAGGUGAUUACGUAGUGGUCGGUAUUAUGUGUCUUGGGUUGGGGCGUCUCUCCUUUGUCUUGCUGUAGAGCUGUGUUGGGCUAGUAAUGUUGGGUUUCGUAGCGUAUUGGGGAAAUUUUACAAGUUAUACAAUUAUUCUCUUCAAUUUUCUUUCAAUUUCUAAUGCUUCAUAGUGUAAUGGGAAGACUUUACUAGCUAUACGACUAUUUUCUUUCAAUUUUCUCUCAAUUUUUAAUGUUUCAUAGUGUAAUGGGAAGACUUUACUAGCUAUACGACUAUUUUCUUUCAAUUUUCUUUCAAUUUCUAAUGUUUCAUAGUGUAAUGGGAAGACUUUACUAGCUAUACGACUAUUUUCUUUCAAUUUUCUCUCAAUUUCUAAUGUUUCGUAACGUAGUGGGAAGACUUUAUGAGCCUUACGAUUAUUUUUCUUUGAUUUUCUGUCAAUUUUCUCUCAGUAUGUCAUGUUUUGUAGCGUAAUGGGAAAAGUUUAUGAGCUAUACAAUUAUUUUCUUCGAUUUUAUCUCUGCUACGUAAUUAUUGAGACUGAUUUUGUUGUUGAUAAUUAUGAAUCUCUUGUUGUUUCAGAAGAAUUGCUCUGAAGGUAGAUUGAAAACAUUCAUAUAUUUCCUUGUAUUGAAGAAAUUUACUAUAUAUUUCUAUUGACAAUGCUGUGUGUGUGUUUGUUUGUGUGUGUGUGUGUGUGUGUGUAGGGCAGGCAUUAUGUGUGGAGGAACAACCAUAAAAUUCAACCAAGAUGCUGUGUGAGUGUUGCAAGGAGGGGCAGGUUGUGUUGUGUUGCGUUGCAUGGUGAGGAACAACCAUUAGAAAUAUAACCAUGAUGCUGUAUGAGUGUUGCAAGGAGGGGCAGGUUGUGUUGUGUUGCAUGGUGAGGAACAACCAUUAGAAGUAUAACCAUGAUGCUGUAUGAGUGUUGCAAGGAGGGGCAGGUUGUGUUGUGUUGCAUGGUGAGGAACAACCAUUAGAAGUAUAACUAUGAUGCUGUAUGAGUAUUGCAAGGAGGGGCAGGUUGUGUUGUGUUGUGUUGCGCUGCGGUGUGUUGCGAGGAGCCGGCCAGUGUGUCGGUGCUCUGAGUGUGAGGGUGUGGGCGGGGCGGCAUGUCGAGUGUCGUGAGAGUGGCAGUUAACAGACACUCACACGCUUGACCGAAAGGGUUCUAAGUGUGCCUUGCCGAUCGUUGCUGUGGUGUGUGGUUACUGGGGAAUGAUUUUUAAGUCCCGUUACCUUCCUGUGUUUAAGUCUGUUCCCUUCCUGUGUUAGAAAUAGAAAUAGAUUAGCACUGAACCCAUGAACCCCUUGACUGUGGAUUUCCUACAAGAAGACCUCACCAAGCUACAGGAAUUGAAAAAAAGUGGCUGCUACAAUUCAGUGAAGAAAAAUGUAAAGUCAUGCACCAUGGGAGGGUAUAUGACUGUAUAUCCAGCACACCAAUACCACAUGGGAAACACUCCACUAUCCCCCACAGAGGCAGAGAAAGACCUGGGAGUAUAUGUUACCAGGCUACCAGUGAAGGCCAAAUCCAUGCCAGUUGCAGAGGAUGGGUUAAGGGUUGACAUAAGUAGGAAUGGCGGACUAUUAAAAACCUUUCCCCAAGCAAUCACUUCAAGCUAUAAAUGAAAAAGUGAUGUAAAGACUAGACAGCAGAAAACAUUACUAGUGAGCAACUUCAUAUAGCAUUCUCCUUUUACUGCUCUGUUGCCAUGUAGGGUAUUUUUAAUAAAACCAUCCGCUCUUAACCAUUGCAUGACGGAUACUAGAUGAUAUUCUUGAUGUAAAAAGUAGGUGUGUAGGAGAGGUUAGGAGAGAUUGGGACCCUUAUGCCUGGAGAAGUUAAAUAGGUCGAUAUUCACAGAUGCUUCCACCUCUCUCAUCAACUAUAUCCACAAGCUAAAAAGUGGAUCAAUUGGAUUCUAAUGAGUGUUUCUUUAGGCUCAUGGUACAGAAGAAGGGUCAAACUACCACUAGGGUCAUAAAACUACCCCUGGAAAUGCCCAAAACUCCUACGAAAGCCUUGUCAGAUAGAUGUUUCUUUAGGUUCAUGGUACAGAUGAAGGGUCAAACCACUACCAGGGUCAUAAAACUACCCCUGGAAAUGCCCACAACUCCCAUUAAAGCCUUGUCAAAUAUGUGUAUACUUGGGUGGUGAAAUUUUUAAGAAUAUAGGUCUAAUGAGUGUUUCUUUGGGCUCAUGGUACAGAGGAAGGGUCAAACCAUCACCAGGGUCAUAAAACUACCCCUGGAAAUGCCCAAAACUCCCAUGAAAGCCUUGUUAAAUAUGUGUGUCUUGGGCGAUGAAAUGUACAAGACUAUGACCCAAGAAGUGACGUGAUGGAGCUCUGAAAAUGAUCCCGGCCGUCACCACAAACCGUUGCCAAAGCUCAAAAUUGGUUCCUAUUGAGCAAAACAUUAGUAUUUAUUAUGUUUAGACGCAGGCUGUGCACCGCUGACACCAGUAUUUCAGGAACUUUGCACUUUGUUGGUUUUGGGUUCUCUUGCCUUGAUUAAUGAGGUUUGAAAGAACGUAAGACAAGCACUACUGUGGAUACUCGUGCGAAAGUCUGUCGUGUGAAAAAAUGAACUCUCGACAAGCCAAGAUAUUGAUGUGGUUUACUGAGAAGGGAAUUCGACCACAAUAGAAGUAGAACCCAUGUAAAGAUUGACCCUAAACCUGGACUUUGAAAUGCUAAAACAACUUGGAUUUUGAAAUGCUAAAAAUAACCUGGACUCUGAAAUCCUAAAACAACAGACUUCAAAAUACUAAAACAAGACUUCAAAAUACUAAAACAACUUGGACUUUGAAAUCCUAAAACAACUUGGAUUUUGAAAUGAUAAAAAUAACCUGGACUCUGAAAUCCUAAAACAAUGGACUUCAAAAUACUAAAACAACUUGGAUUUUGAAAUGAUAAAAAUAACCUGGACUCUGAAAUCCUAAAACAAUGGACUUCAAAAUACUAAAACAACUUGGAUUUUGUAAUGCUAAAACAACUUGGCCUCUCCACGAGCAUGAACGGAAAACACACACGACACAUUUUGUACGACUCGCCGAUACUACCACAUAAAAGGUUCACUGGAGUACUUUGACGAGUGACUAUAAAGCUCUGCCACGCAUUGUCGACUACCCUUGGUGCUAACGUAUCUUUCGGGAUGGCUCGUGUGUUUGGAGGUUCAGGUUAAGGGGUGUUUUAAGGGGCUAUUACACUGGGCAAAAUUUUCGUGGAUCUUCAGUCUUCUUUUUCUUCUUGGGUGUUUUAUGGGGCUAGUUCGGUGAUCUUUAGUCAAACCAUGAUUUCCGCUAGCGUGGUUCUCAUUUGUUUCUUGUUAUUGCUGCUGCUGAUGAUGGUGAGUAAUACCGUCGUCCUUCGUCAGAAAACCACGGAAAUGUGAGAACCACGCCAGCGGAAAUCGUGGUCUGACUGAAGAUCCACGGAAAAUUUGCCCAGUGUAAUAGCCCCUUUACAAGUUGAAUCCGAGAAGCUUACUAGUUUCGGGUCCUUACAAAAUUCGAUAUUUCUGAAGGAAAUAACCAAUGGAAAAUGAUCACAACAGGAGCAGGAACAUACAUGAAUACAUAAAUAGUGACUGCGAUUAUGCAAUACCCUGUAAAAAAUGUACAUAGACCAUCAACAUAUAUAAUUAUCCGUUACUAGUCAGCCAGACAAAACUGUGCCCAUGUGCUCAUUGCUCGAGUGUGUGUGUGUGUGUGUGUGUGUGUGUGUGUGUGUAGGGGUUAAGGGAGGUCUGGUUGGGCCUGUUCACCCUUCCAAACCUACCCACCCCAUAGGUCAGGUCAGGUCCGGUCAGGUCGGGUCACGGCUUGUCUGGAGAUGCAAGAAAAAAUCCCCUUCGGUCUUUGUCACGGCCUCAUCGCUUUGUGCUGUUCAGGGCAGACCGAGUGCUGGAGUUACGUACGUGUGUGUGUGUGUGUGUGUGUGUGUGUGUGUGUGUGUGUGUGUGUGUUACGUUUGGGAAGGCAAUAACUAUGUACAUGUCCCUACACGUAAGACAAACGCUUGGAUUAUCACGCUUUGGGGUCUUGUUAUGACUUAGGUCGGAAGUAUAAGACACUUCGCUUCUCACAUCAACUAUUUCUAAAGGUCAAAGAGGGGGUCAGUCAGGUUCUAAUGAGUGUUCCUUCGGGUUCACGGUACAGAAGAAGGGUCAAACUACCACCAGGGUCAUAAAACUACCCCUGGAAAUGCCCACAACUCCUACAAAAGCCUUGUGAAUUGUGUGCUUCUUAGGUUCAAGGUACAGAAGAAGGGUCAAACUACCACCAGGGUCAUAAAACUACCCCUGGAAAUGCCCACAACUCCUACGAAAGCCAUUUAUGUGUUUCUUAGGUUCAAAGUACAGAAGAAGGGUCAAACUACCACCAGAGUCAUAAAACUACCCCUAGAAAUGCCCCCCACUUAUACGAAAGCCUUGUCACGUGUGUUUCUUAGGUUCACGGUACAGAAGAAGGGUCAAACUACCACCAGGGUCAUAAAACUACCCCUGAAAAUGCCCACAACUCCUACAAAAGCCUUGUCAAAUAUGUGUUCUUGGGCGGUGAAAUGUUUUAUAAUAUGACUAAUUCUUAAAAGGCUGCAGAGAAGAUACGUUGGGUUACCUUGAGUGUUUUUCCUGUUUAUACUGCGGAAGCCUUGCAAAACUACCUAAAGAGAUCAUGAAAGCAACAGUGGAAACCGCAACAUCUUCCACGAGAGCCUUGUUGCAUAGAUGUACUGAGGCUCCGAAGGGUUUAACAUAUGUGGCUCAAAGAGCAUUCAGGUGUCGGAAGUCCUUGGAGAGAGAGAGAGAGGUGUUGACUUGAUGGAUGGUGUGGUGGCGAGGAAUUCUGUUCAUAGUUUUUACAUUUUGAUCAGGGAAACAAACAACACCUUACAGAGAUGUACAUGCAGAUUACACAAGGGAAGUAUGUUUAGAAAUGGUAGGGGAGUGGAGAGCGAUUCUGGUCAUAAUUUUUACACUUUGAUCAGGGAAACACGACACCUUACAGCGACGUAUAUAAAAUGGGUUACACAAGGGAAUAUGUAUAGAAAUGGUAUGGGAGUGGAGAGCGAUUCUGGUCAUAGAUUUUACACUUUGAUCAGGGAAACACAACACCUUACAGCAACGUACAUAUAGGUUACACAAGGGAAUAUGUAUAGAAGUGGUAGGGCAGUGGAGAGCGAUUCUGGUCAUAGAUUUUACACUUUGAUCAGGGAAACAAACAACACCUUCUUACAGAGACGUACAAUUAGGUUAUACAAGGGAAAUAUGUAUGGAAAUGGUAGGGCAGUGGAGAGCGAUUUUGGUCAUAGAUUUUACAUUUUGAUCAGGGAAACACACAUCAUAGAGAGACGUACAUUCAGUUUACACAAGGGAAGUAUGUAUGGAAAUGGCAGGGGAGUGGAGAGCAAUUCUGGUCAUAGAUUUUACAUUUUAACCCAGUAGCUUCGGGGAUCAUGUUUCCUAAUGGUCCCUUUAAGCGAGAAAAAUGAGAAAAAAUCAUCACUCACACAAACCAUUUCAUAAUAUAUAUCCGAGCAUUUGUGAUCAGUUUAUGCAUCAUCUGUUUUGGGGGUUUAUAUCAUGGCACAAAUUUGGCCCGUCACUGCUACACGGUUAAUCAGGAUAUCAAAUUGUCCAACAGAGACUUGCAUUACAGCUUACACAAGGGUAGUAUGUACAGAAAUGAUAGGGCAAUGUAGAGCGAUUAUGUUCAUAGCUUUACAUUUUUAAUCAGGAAAUCGGACACCAUACAGUUUAUACAAGAGAAAUAUUGUCAGGAUCAUUGCAAGUCCAACCCCAUGAAUGACAGAUGAUAGACUAUUAGUGAAGAAAAAGAAGAAGAAGAGGUAUUGACAGGAGCGAUAGAGAGCCGCUUCCUUGAUUCAAAUAUCCAAAGACCUAUGAAUAUCCUGCUUCACUGAGUCUCGCCACACCAUACUGUUCAAUAAGUCAACAUUUACCACCUCACCAUGAACUCCCCGACGCUUCUGAUCACUGUCGAGCUUCUUCUAAGUCCGCGUUGACCUUAGCGAAAGAUUUGUAUGUGAGGUGAACCUACACUUUUUCCUGAUGCCAAAAAUGUUUAGUUAGACCGUCGGAACACUGUAGACACAUAGAUCAUAGCUGAGGUUUAGUUGCUAGAUUCCUUGAGCUACGACACGGCAGGGUCCUGAGUCAUGGCAGAUCGAGAUAUGUGAUUUUCAAGUGGUGGAAACUGCAAAAUAUCCAACCAAAGUAGAUAACAGCUGAGGUUUAUUUGCUAGACGCCUGCGCUACGACACGAUGAGGUUCCGAGUAAUGGCAGAUCGAGAUACGUGAUUUUCAAGUGGCGGAAAGUGCAAAAUAUCUAACCAAAAGGGGAUGUAGGUAGCAGAUCUGAGGCACCAUACACCACAAACCAAGAAAACCCCAAAAUGUACUUAUAAAACAAGUUACACAAGUGGAAAUCAAUGUAUUUGGGACCCUGCAGUGAUUGUGUCAUUUCCAAACAUUAUCUUCAGUUCACGGUGUUUAGUUUAAGACGUGACCACCAUCGUUGACCCACACGAGACCCGCUGGAACUUUAGUCUAGGGAGCAGGGAAAGAACUAGAGAUGGAAGUGGCUCGGUACAGAAGAAGGGUCAUAAAACUACCCCAGGAAAUGCCCCAAACACCUAUGAAAGCCUUGUCAAAUGUGUUUUUUUUAGGUUCAAGGGUCAGGCUGCCACCAGGGUCAUAAAACUACCACUGGAAAUGCCCCAAACACUUAUGAAAGCCUUGUCAAAUGUGUUGAUUUAGGUUCAAGGGUCAGGCUGCCACCAGGGUCAUAAAACUACCACUGGAAAUGCCCAAAACACCUAUGAAAGCCUUGUCAACUGUAUGUUUCUUAGGUUCAAGGUACAGAGGAAGGGUCAGGCUGCCACCAGGGUCAUAAAACUACCCCUGGAAAUGCCCCAAACACCUAUGAAAGCCUUGUCAAAUGUGUGUUUCUUAGGUUCAAGGUAUAGCAGAAGGGUCAAGCUGCCACCUGGGUCAUAAAACUACCCCUGGAAAUGCCCAAAAGAGUUAUGAAAGCCUUGUAUGUAUCUUAGGUAUGUUUUUUUUAGGUUCAAGGUACAGAAGAAGGGUCAAGCUGCCACCUGGGUCAUAAAACUACCCCUGGAAAUGCCCAAAAGAGUUAUGAAAGCCUUGUAUGUAUCUUAGGUAUGUUUUUUUUAGGUUCAAGGUACAGAAGAAGGGUCAAGCUGCCACCAGGGUCAUAAAACCACCCCUGGAAAUGCCCCCCACCCCCCCGUGUCCCCCGUGGCCCUCUGCUUCCUAGGCCAUGGUAGAAAACCCGUGUCCGUGUGAGUCUCGCUGUGUGCGUCGUGCUGUGUCAACCGUUUCGCCUUCUUUCCCCCGAUAUGUGUGUUAGCGAUGACUAAUUGAUGUUUACCCCCUGAUGUGAAGGCGAUGUGUGGGUGCGCUGCCUCCCACAAUGCAAUUUUUAGUGGUUAAUGGGGUGAGUGUUUCGCUGUGAGAGACUAUAAUAGAAGCUUCCCGCGUGUGGCAGCGACCAGCGCGCCGUGUACCGAGGCUCCCAAGGGAACUCAAAAGCCGAGGUGUCCACAGUUGUGAUUGGACCUUAUAUGUGUGUGUGAUCUGAUUAGCAAACUAUUUAUAGCAAACCUAAGAAAAAGAAUAUUACAGGCUGUUCUUGUUAUGCAUGUGGGUUGUACAUAAGAGUUGCUUCGGAUAACUGUUAUACGAAUAGUUCACUUGAUUCUCGAAGACUAAUGUGGUGGUCAUUCCUUGAUAUACACGUGUAUGGGUCAGGUACUUAAAAACUUGUUCGGGAAAUGAUUUUACGAGUAAGGAAACAGAAUCUCCAAUGCAAGCCAAAGAUGUGAGAUUGGGUUAUGUCCAAAGCCUUGACCUCACACAGAGAUCAUUGAGAAUAUAUAUGGAUAACCCACAAAUGCAUAGCAGGACCUGCCUGUAUAGCACGAUGAUGUCAAAUUAGUGAGGUGGUUACAAAACUCUGUAACCCUUCUCAUCCUGGCACAAGGGGGAGCUAGGGGAAAGAGAGACUUCAAUGACGGUGAAGUGUAAGGAGUUAGCUAAAUCAUGGCAGGCUUUGGUGGACACUACAAGCCUGGUACUCACGGCUUUGGUCCAAGACGCUUGCCUUGUAUAUCUGAGAGCGAGACGUAAGCCGAAAAUGGUUGUCUGGAGCUGUGUUUCCCAUCACUGUUGUUGAAAAGCACUUUUUUAAAUAUUAUGUAAAGUUUGCAGAUGUGAAGGUUAGCAAUAUAUUAUUAUAUUAUGAAAUAUAUUACUAUAUCAGAUAUUUAUACUUGAAGGAGUGAGGGAGCAACUCUUCUCUUGCCGGAGGACUUGUUCAACACUUAGGCUGUACAUAUAUAUAUUAUAAUCUAUGGUCUCAUUGUGUUAGUGGAGAGCUGGGGCCCCAGGGCAGCCUCUCGCCUCCGCCCAGGUCUGGCCAUCUCUGAGAGGGUCAUUAAGGACAGCUGUGGUUCUUAAACUGUUACUCAGUGAAUCACUUGCAAAAUAAAACUCAAGAAUGGUGAAGCAGAAACAAAUUGCACAUAUAUCAUGGUCACUAUGAGAAAAACUCCUUAUGCUCUUCAAAAAGCCCACUGGCACUAUGAACCAGCAUAUAAGCAAAUAUAUAAAAAGAAAAACAGAAGUCUAUUUGGUUUAGUCUGUCUAUAAUCACAGAGACCAAAUGACAAGUUCAGUGAGGUCAAAUUGUUAUGCCUUCUUGUAGCAAUGGGUGCCUGAGGGAGGCUGUUGAAUCAUACAAGUGUUUCAAGACCCAUGUUACAUAUCUCCAAAUUACCUUCACUUGGUCAGUUUGAGAAGCUGUGAUGUCACGGCACUACACUGGCUGUCAUUCUUUGUAGUGCCAUCCAGUGCCAGGCUUUUGGUCACCUGUAAUGGCAAUGAGUGCAGGUUGAGUGCCAGCAAAGAGUCUUCACAUCACGGCCGCCACAGGGAUGAGCCGGGCUGAGUGGCUGGCAGGGCUGCGUGAUGAGGGUCUCGGCUUUAGUCUUCUAGUGGGGCCUUAUCCUUAGAGUGAGUCUGUCUUCAUCAACCAGGGGCUGAAGAGGAGAAAACACAAGGGCUAAGCCUGUGAUAUUUUGUUAUAAAGCAACAUUUUGUCCUUUUGUUUAUAUUCCACGCUGGUUUUGUGCCACAGGUGUCAUUAUCUUGGAUCAUGAGGAACGGUGGCACUCCCAGGGUGGUGUGAGGGGUGCCGGGUGGGUGGCAGCCCCUGGUCAUGAUCUGUUGUAUGUGACCUGACCUUCAAGUAAAUCUGACUCACGCUGCUGCAAGAAUGGAACUUGUUGGUGACCUGGGGACUGCCUCGACACAUGUCCUAUAGCCAGUGGUGUGGGCUCUUACUGGUGGUCAUACAGCCUGCCACCUACCACCCCUCACACACUGCAGGGAAAGGUUCAGGCCGAGUGUCUUGCCGAGGCUUAGUCAGUUUGUUGUCACGUUACACUUUUGGUGGACAAACAGCUGGUUGAGUGGUUGACGUCAGUGGGUCAGUGAAGGCGUCAUGUUGUGAUUCUGUUUUAGUUUUGCAGGGCAUCAGAAUAAACUAUACUAGAAUCAACAACUCUUACGAACACUGGCUUCACAAAAGUUGUUGAUUUGAUGAUUAUAAAGUGAUGAAUUAUGUACAGUAUAAUUUAUGACACACCAAAUAUUACCAGGAUAAGUGCUGAGAUGGAAGCCUUGCUGUGAGGUGGAAGACGUAGGCAGUUUGGAGGCAAGAUAUAUUUUGUGAAGCAUUGUUAGUGAGUACUGCGAGACUUACUUAAGGGGAGCACUGCAAGGAGUCACAUGUAGAUGUUUCCAAGAGAGAGAAGAUAUUUUGUCAUGCUACGUAAGUAUUUGAGGUUUCCCAAGAACAUGCCUGGCUUUUGAUGUUCUAUGAGAGAAGGAAGAUCAGCCACGAAGGGAAGUAAGCAUGAGUCUGAGUUGGUAUUUCAGGAAUCCCGGAAAAGCUAUGGGCGUACUACUGUGAUCACGGCAGACUAUUGUAGAAGGCUUAGUUUUUGAUAGUCGAAGAGAGAGCGAAGAUUAGCCAUGAAGGAGAUGUAAGUGUGAGUCUAAGUCGGUAUUUCAGGAACCUCGGGAAAGCUAUGGGUGUACUGCUGUGAUCACGGCAGACUCUUGUAGAAGGCUUGGUUCUUGAUAGUCUAAGAGAGAAGGGAGAUAGCCAUGAACGGAUGUAAGCAAGAAUCUGAGUCGGUGUUUCAGGAAGCUAUAUGUGUAUUACUAUAGACCUCAAAUUAAAGAGUAAUGCUAAACAGAUUAUUGCUAAGUCCCUGGAGCUAGCUAUGCCGUACAGCGACUGAUUGUAUCUUUUAUUGUACUGUAUCCUCCCGCCUUGUUUCAUAUAUACAUAAUUGCUCAUACUGUCAUACUGCAAUCCCCUAAAAGCCAAAUACCCUAAGUUAAUGACCAUGACUGUAAUUCCUUCUUGGGAGUUUAUGUUUAGAGGAGGAGGAGGAGGAGGAGGAGGAAGAGGAACAUGGAGAGUUGUGAGAUAUGGUGAGGUAGGAAGAGAAGGUGUUUGUAGAGUGGAGACAAGAAUUGGAAGGAGGAGGAGGAGAGAAGGAGGAAGAAAUAUAAAGAAUGGAGAUGGGAAUAAGAAGUAAAAGAGGAGAACUAAUAGAAAAAGAAGAGGAAUAGGAAAAAAUAUGAAAAAUUGAGAUGAGGAUAAGAGCAGGAAAAGUAGAGAGAAGAAUUGGUAGGAGAAAGAAGAGGAAUAGGAAGAAAUAUAGAUUGAAAUAUGAAUAGAAAGACUUUAAGGACUGGAGGAGAAAAGGAGUAGGAAGAAAUAUGCAGAAAUGAGAUGGGGAAAAAGGACCAGGAAUUUAGACACUGGACUGGACUAAAUUUGAUACGAGGAGAGAAACAAAGAAAGGAAAAGAGAAGGAGGAAAGGAGAGAAGAGGAGGAGGAGAGUGUGCCCCUGCGUUGCCUCCACCAUCGCUGUGACUCUUGUUGGUGUUCCGGGUGGCGUCAACCUUCCCUUAGUCGCUGCACCGUCUCUCUCCUCGCUCGGGUCUCCGCGUUAUGUAAAGUUUUCCGAAGAACCGUUGAACCAGCUGAAAAUUGCUGUUAUUGUCUUAUGUAUAAUAAAUUUUCAUAACUGU